GUAGACUCUAAGCUAGAGCCACCGUCAGAUUUCAGAUCUCAGAUCUCAGCUCUUCAUUCCAAGCCAUGGCCGAGAAGGGCAAGGAAAAGGUUACUAUGAUGAAGUUGAAGGUGGAUCUUGAUUGUGCCAAGUGUUACAAGAAAGUCAAGAAGGUUCUAUGCAAAUUCCCUCAAAUAAGAGACCAGUUGUUCGAUGAAAAGGCCAACAUUGUCAUCAUCAAGGUGGUUUGCUGUAGUCCUGAGAGGAUCAUGGACAAACUAUGUUCCAAAGGCGGCGGCUCCAUAAAGACCAUCGAGAUCGUCGAGCCACCCAAGCCUCCUCAGCCACAGCCACAACCAGCUCCUCAAAAGCCUAAAGAUCCUGAGAAGCCUAAAGCUCCAGAGAAGCCCAAGGAACCUGAGAAGCCUAAGCAGCCUGAAAAGCCUAAAGAACCCGAGAAGCCUAAGCAACCCGAGAAGCCUAAAGAACCCGAGAAGCCAAAGCAACCCGAAAAGCCAAAAGAACCCGAGAAGCCAGCCGCUGCCGCCAAACCCGCACCAGCUCCCGCACCUGCCCCAGCGCCAGGUCCAGCUCCCGCUCCUGCCCCGAAGCAGCAGCCGGGACCACCACCACAGGUGAUCCCAAUGAUGCCGCAAGGGCAGCCAGCAAUGUGUUGUGGACCAACAUACUAUGAUGGUUACGGAGGACCAGCGUUCAACGGAUAUGGAAUGCCGCCGCCGCAGCCAUACGAGUGCUAUGGACGACCAGUCUACGAUAGCUGGGGUGGGGGCUGCCCACCACCACCUGCUUACCGAACGUGCCACGUCACCAGAUGUGAUUACUUCAGCGAAGAGAAUCCACAGAGCUGCUCCAUCAUGUGAUUGACUUCUUUUUAUUACCUUUUAAAAGAUCCUUUUAUUUUACUUCAAUCUUUUUCUUUAUUAUACAAGUAAUAAAAUAUAUAUAUAUAUAGAGACAUUUACGUGUAAUGUUGUGAUUAUGAGAACCAAUAAGGAAGGAAGAAGGGUCGUUGUAUUUUGUAAUUUGGUAGCCAUUUUCAAUAUUUGGUUGUC